GCAGAAAUCCAGAGCCCCUCUCUCAAGUCACUGAAGCACUAUCACAGUAGAGACGCCCACAUCGCACAUGCACAUAAUUUGACUGAGUGCUUCUUUCCGGUGUCACCAGCAUGAGCCCAGCUGGAUGUAAACUGAUCCAGCACGAGUUUCAGAUGUGGUUACGUUUGCCCAGAAGCCCAAACCAACGAGACGAGAACAAAAAUGCUGCGCAAAGUACUCGGCAACAAGUUGGGAACACCGUUAAGCACUGAAGUCGCCUUGUCGCCCGGCAGCCCGGAUUAAUGAAAACACUGGUUCUGUUCACAUGGUUGAAGGGCCACGGUGAAAGCGUCCAAGUUAAACCACCCCUCCGCCCCAUCUCCGCUUUCUUGACGUCUGCAAAUCGGAGAGGACUAGUGGGCGUGAGCUUUACUAUGUGUCGGUGCUAGGGCGCAUGCGAACUGAGGCCCGAAUGGGGAAAGCCUCACACACAGAUCUAAGACAGCUGCUUUGAUUAAACCACUACACAGGAAGACGGCAAUACAAAGGGGGGCAGGAUAGGGAGGGUACCAUCCCCCCCCCCCCCCCCCAACCAGCAACUCUCCAAACAGAAGGCAAGCACGUGAAGACUGCAGAUCUGCCGAUAUUUUUCCAGCUCGCUGUGGAGCCCUUCUGUUGGUGAAUCUCACCAGUCAAAAGGGCACUCGAGGCUCUUGCGAUUGGCCCGUUCAAGCACACGCACACUGACCCCCGAGGUCUUUGCAAGGCAGCUGGUGUGAAGCUCCGAGAAGGGGGUGGAGGGAAGUUAGUGGGAGGCCACCGUGGGGCUCUUCCAGAAGGAGUCGGAACAGUCGCCGACAGGGAGAGGAGGAGGAGAUGGCCACCGGAGAGAUCACCACGCUUCCCUCCACGCAUGAAGACGGCAGCAGCGGCUUCCCACCAGGAACCUUCAAGGAGCCCAAAAGGUUGUACUGUAAAAAUGGGGGCUUCUUCUUGCGGAUCAAGUCAGACGGGGGAGUGGACGGAAUCCGAGAGAAGAACGAUCCCCACAUAACACUUCAGCUGCAGGCCACAUCCGUCGGCGAGGUGGUCAUCAAGGGUGUUUGCGCCAACCGCUACCUGGCCAUGAACAGAGACGGACGACUGUUUGGAGCGAGACGAGCGACUGAGGAAUGUUACUUUUUGGAGCGUCUGGAGAGCAACAACUACAACACGUACCGCUCCAGGAAGUACCCCACCAUGUACGUGGCGCUGAAGCGGACCGGCCAGUACAAAUCCGGAAGCAAAACCGGACCAGGUCAGAAGGCCAUCCUCUUCCUCCCAAUGUCUGCCAAAGGCUAACCUGGAAGGAGCCAGAUUCAUGUUCAUGUCUGAAAUUGUGAUGGCAGUGAACGUAUGUCGCCACUGUCCGAAAGAAGUAGCUGUGAUGUUAUUACGACUGUUCUGUCAUUUUAUUCCGAUGCACCUUUUGUCUUUCACCAACUGGGUGAUAAGAGAACCAGAUGGCUUGCUGAAGAGGACUUCGGAUCAUACCUUCAGAUUAUGUGACUUUCUUUCAGCUAAGGCUUUCAACAUAAGGUCUCUUGGAGAAAGAUGUUUAAAAAAGGAAGGGGGGGGGGGGGGGCAUUUCACACACUUUAAAGGAAACCUCGAGCACGUAUUCUACCUUUACAUGCAUCUUCCUGAGAUGUCUUAUAGCAUUUGCGCUGCACUGGAGCAGAACGAAACCAAUGCAAGUGAAGUGAAUGAGUUUCAGUUUAGUCUGACGACAGGCAGCUCACUGCGACGAGAGACGAUAUAGAUGCGGUCUGGUAACUUAGCCACAAGAGACUGUUUUUAAGCACGCUCGGUUAGAAGCUACAGACAGUCGCUUCUGGUACGAAGAGGUACAACUUCCUGUUCCCAACUCGGCAAAUUUGACCGUGGUAUGCUAGGUAAUGUUCAUGGAGGUAGUAGGUCAUGAGUAUCGGCGAUUGGAGAAGCUGAUGUUUAAUGUGUUUUUGUGUGUAUAAAAUGCCAGCCACAAUUUUAUUUGGAUUGUUUCCAAGUUUUGUGCCUCUGUAGCAGAACUUUAGAUUUCAAAGUGGG